AUGACAGAUCCCUUUGUUCAAGAAAACAACGCUUGGUUCUUUGGCCCACGUGCUGAAAACCAAGAAUUCGUCCGUAAAUUUUACAGGGACGAGAAAAUUACUUUGAUAAGGACCAGAAAUUCAUCACCGGAAAGAUGGAGAAGUCGGCAGAGUUCGAUAGAAUUAUGGCGACUAAACAGUAAUUUGGCAAGUAUUGAUCAAGAGAAACAAACAGUCGAUAAUGAUAACCUUCCAAAAAUUCGGAGUUGGGGCCACGUAACCUGCGAUGGUUCAUUGGUUUCACCAUUGAACUCACCAAACGCCUGGAAAACAACAGUCCGGAAAAUAAGUUACUUAAGGAUUACACCACAUGGAAAUUGCUCAAUCUCAGGCCAACCACUAAAUAUCCCUGAACGACUUUAUCAGAAGCAUGGAAUUAAAUCUCAGUUUUUGCAAACUGUGUUUAAUGAUUACAGCAUUCAGACUCUAGGAAAGGACUACUUAGAACAAAAAUUUGGUAUUACAAAACCGUCACUGUAUUUGAUUAGCACCACAAAACAUUAUUCAUGGCCCAAGGGGUGUGCAAAUCUGAAAAAGAUCUCAGUAGACGAUGCAACACGAAUGGACAUUAAUAAGCUUGCUAAAAUCCUUAUGAAAUACGUUAAAAAUAAACAAGCAGUUUAUGCAGUAGUCGCAAUCAUAGGAUCAACUGAACAAGGCGCUUGUGACCCUUUGGCCAAUAUUGUGGCUCUUCGAGAUCGAUAUCAGUGCAAGUACGGUCUCAGUUUUAUUCAUGGAGAUGCCGCAUGUGGUGGAUACUUUCGUUCAAUGCUUGUCAAACCACACAUGAAUACAAAAUCCGAUGGUCGUUUAGAAGUUCAUGAAGAAGAGCCACAUGAGAUCACCUGGUCAAGUGCAUAUAUCUUGCGCCCCGAAGAAGAAAGUAUCGGAGUUUAUGAUGUGGAAGGAAGUAAACCUGGUGCUGUACCAGUGGCUGUUUGGCUUUCUCACGAUAUAAUUGGACUUCAUCAAAAUGGCUAUGGGGAUUAUUAG